AUGGUUUCAUCGUUGUCUCGCGACGAUGUAGGUGACGCGGGAAAGGCCUCCAAACCUCCAUCGGCCCUGCCAUCCUCCAAAACGCCUGCUUCUCGAAAAAAAGCCCCUGUGAUGGAUACGUUCCCCGGGAGACCGCUCACCCACCAGAAAAGUGUCGAAGUUAGCAAGCGUGCGCGGAAAGGCACCUCAGCUAGUGAGAUGCCAUCUUCAAAGUCCACUCCAGCGCACUCCAGCGACCCAAAAGACUCGUCUGCUACUGAGCAAUCGCAUCCAAAUCCGAACGCAAGCGCCACCAGUAAAUCGAAACGCUUGAAGCACUCGCCAGCUAAUGAGCUUUCACUGUUGACCAGCUUCACCCACCAGACGAGUGUCGAAGUUAGCAAGCGUGCGCGGGAAGGCACCUCAGCUAGUGAGAUGCCAUCUUCAAAGUCCACUCCAGCGCACUCCAGCGACCCAAAAGACUCGUCUGCUACUAAGCAAUCGCAUCCAAAUCCAAACGCAAGCGCCACCAGUAAAUCAAAACGCUUGAAGCACUCGCCAGCUAAUGAGCUUUCACUGCCAAUGUUGACCAGCGCGACUAGCAGCCAAUCAAACUUUCGCCAAGGCUCGUCCACUGAGCAGCUCCCACCUUCAAAGCCAACAAUAAAGACUCACCGUCAAUCUCAAUUGAAAGCCUCAGUCCAACCGCCUCCACGUAAGCCGGCCCUAUCCGUGCGCUUUGAAGAUUCAAAUUCAGAUCAUGAUUGGCAAUACUCCUCAUCUGUAAGGAAAGCCGAGUCAAAAGCUCGACUUCCGUCAAAUACUUGCACUGAUCCACCACAUCCAUCAAUUGCUCACAUGUCACCCGACUUGUCUAGAGAGAUUGAGAGCUCCGAGGAAUACGAUUCGGAUGAAGAUUCCUCAGAGGAAGUCAGUUCGGACGAUGGGAGCUCAGAGCGUCGCAGUGAUUCUUUCACCCAAAGUCAAUCACAGUCCGAUGAUCAAGAAAUCAUUGAAGCGGCGGCGCUAUUGGCAGAAACUGAAAGUUUGUCCGAUGAGCUGGAGACCAUCACUCGCCAUUCCACCCAAACGUCAGUGCCACCUGUGCCAAGUUGGCAAAAGAAUUUGGAAUUCUCAAUGGCGACUUCCUCAGACCUAAUCGAUCCGACCCGCACGACGUCAGCCGCACACAAGGGCAAAGCGGUUCUCAGAGUCACUGAUCGGUACACUGCUCCAGCAAAUGGGAGCACAGCGCGUUCACAUACUCCUUCUCAGACCUCAGAUCUAAUCGAUCCAACCCGCACGACGUCUGCCGCACACAAGGGCAAAGCGGUUCUCAGAGUCACUGAUCGGUACACUGCUCCAGCAAAUGGGAGCACAGCGCGUUCACAUACUCUGUCUCGUACCCAAUCAACAUCACGAUCUACACUAGAGAGAGUCUCCCACCUGAACGUAUCAGCCCAUCACAUCUCGGGAAGUGAAGGAAGAUCAGGAACCCAAGUUUCAACAGUGAAGGGCUCCUUUGCAACCACUAGCUCCCAAUCACCUGACCUGUGUGGUUGCUCUGGUUUGGAAAGUUCUUACUUGCCAAAACGUCCAAUUGAAAAGACUCCUCAAGCCAACUCUAACCCAGCUGCAUCGGGACUCGGACAAAAGUCAACUAAUCAUCAUUCCAACACAACCAACCAAAAUGCACCGACUCGUCACAAUAAGCUGCCAUCAGUGAGUUGCCCGGAUUGUCACCAACAACCCGCUGUGAUCCAACCUAUGGUUCAGCCCCUGCAGGCCCCGCUCCAUACAACUCCUGCCUCAAACUUCUUGUUCAAUCCCACGUCGCCUUCCCAUGAUCUGUUUGGUUUGGGCGCGCAAUCGCAGAUCCAACUCACAAUUCCAGGCACGUUUGUUGGAAACCUGGUCAAACCGGGUGAUCACUUGCUAAAUUGCAACCAGAACAAUCAAGGCAAUACUCUUAACUCAGGCGAUCAAGUCAAUACAAAUAGAAUACACGACCGAGGUCAUCCUGAUAUCCCAUACGAUCAAGGCGAUACUCAUGCCCACGCUCCAAUCGACACAACUGAGAUUACCAAUACGGGUCCAAUCAAAAAGGCUGAAUCUAAGACGAAGUGGGUACCACUUGCACUGAAUGAACCACCUCAAGCUCCGCGCAGGCAGUCCGGGACCACUUCUCUGCCUAAUUUGCCAAUCAAGGAAAAAAAGAAAUGGACGCCUCUUGCAUUGACCGAAGAUAAAAUGGCAUCAAAUAGCUCCGGCUUACCGACGCAGACACCUUCAGCCAAUUACGAUGAUAUACACUCGCGUCUAGGUAACCUGGAAGAGAUGAUAUUAGGCAUGAUCAACCAGAAAAAUGAGCGCUCACCCAACACAACAACCAAAUUUGCGCAAACCCUUUCCCAGAAAUUGGCAAACUUGCCCAGUCAGCCUGAACGUCGACUUUCGCCACCCCCCAAGUCGGAAGAAAAAGUCAGCCUCCAACACUCGUCCCAAAGAGAUCCCAUUCCCGAUUCAUCGAAGAAUGGUCAUGUGAUGGGCCGUGCAGACACAGCAGGUAUGCAAACUGCAAGCUCUAGUACGCAGCCCGCCUUCCAAUUUGAACAGCGUGCGCCUGACCUCCCAAGAGCUGUCCGCCCUCUCAAACGUGCCGCUGGCUCCAACGAGUGUUCUACCAGAUCCAUGGCACCACCAAUCAAAUUCCUGUCGCUGAACCCAGUCCAUCAUAUAGCUAUAAAGCCUUUUGAGUUCAAACCGCCUGGCCCUCUGCCCCUAUCCAACCCAAUGUUUCCUUUUGCUCAGUUCCAACCCUCUCAUCUUUCCUUGGUGGCAAGUAACCUUCCUUCAGCAAGUGACGUUCCCCCAGCGAGGGACCCACCCUUGCCGACUAAUCCUCCCUCAGGGUUUGAACCUCCUUUGGCAAGUAACCCAUCCUCAGGAGGUGACUCUCUUUCGGCUGACCCACCCUCGGCGGCUGACCCACCCUUGGCGGCUGACCCACCCUCGGCGGCUGGCCCACCCCCGGCGGCUGACCCACCCUUGGCGGCUGGCCCACCCCCGGCGGCUGACCCACCCUCGGCGGCUGGCCCACCCCCGGCGGCUGACCCACCCUUGGCGGCUGACCCACCCUUGGCGGCUGGCCCACCCCCGGCGGCUGGCCCACCCCCGGCGGCUGAUCCUCCCUUGGCGACUAAAUUUCACUCAAAGACUAAACCUCACUCAGUGAUUAACCCCUCCUCGGCGACUGAUCCGGCCUUGGCGACUGAUCCAUCGGCCUUGGCGACUGACCAUCCUCACUCACAGACUAGACCUCACUCGGUGACUAACCCCUCUUCGGCGACUGUUCCAUCGGCCUCGGCGACUGUUCCAUUGGCCUCGGCGACUGACCAUCCUCACUCAAAGACUAAGCCUCACUCGGUGACUAACCCCUCCUCGGCGACUGAGCCGGCCUUGGCGACUGAUCCAUUGGCCUCGGCGACUGACCAUGCUGACUCAAAGACUAAACCUCACUCGGUGACUAACCACUCCUCGGCGACUGAUCUAUCAGGCUCGGCGGCUGACCAUCGCUCGGCGGCUGAGCCUUCCGCGGCAGCUGAUCCUCCCUUGGCGACUAUUCCUGCCUUGGCGACUAUUCCUCCACCGGCGACUAAUAAAAGUACGGAUGCGAAUCACAAAGGCGGUAUUAUCACCAAUGAAGCACGGGAGAGCAACAUUAAUUAG